CUUGUGGUUUGUUUUUUUUUUCCAGCUUACAAAACUGUGUCGGGUGUGAAUGGUCCCCUGGUUAUCCUGGAUCAAGUUAAGUUCCCCAGGUACGCCGAGAUCGUGCACCUGACCCUGCCUGAUGGCACCAGGAGGAGUGGGCAGGUGCUGGAAGUCAGUGGCUCCAAGGCUGUGGUUCAGGUAUUUGAAGGCACUUCAGGGAUUGAUGCCAAGAAAACCUCGUGUGAGUUCACCGGGGACAUCCUGCGAACCCCGGUCUCRGAGGAUAUGCUGGGCAGAGUGUUCAAUGGAUCAGGAAAACCCAUAGACAGAGGCCCCAUUGUGUUGGCUGAAGAUUUCCUGGAUAUUAUGGGCCAGCCAAUCAACCCCCAGUGUCGGAUCUAUCCCGAGGAAAUGAUCCAGACUGGAAUUUCAGCCAUAGAUGGCAUGAACAGCAUUGCCAGGGGCCAGAAAAUCCCCAUCUUCUCAGCUGCUGGGCUGCCCCACAAUGAGAUUGCAGCUCAGAUCUGUCGCCAGGCUGGCUUGGUGAAGAAAUCCAAAGAUGUGAUGGAUUACAGCGAGGAGAACUUUGCCAUUGUCUUUGCUGCUAUGGGGGUGAACAUGGAAACGGCUCGGUUCUUCAAGUCAGACUUUGAGGAGAACGGCUCCAUGGACAACGUGUGCCUGUUCCUGAACCUGGCCAACGAUUCCAGCAUCGAGCGCAUCAUCACUCCCCGCCUGGCCCUGACCACAGCAGAGUUCCUGGCGUACCAGUGUGAGAAACACGUGCUGGUCAUCCUGACAGACAUGAGCUCCUACGCCGAGGCUCUCCGAGAGGUGUCAGCAGCUCGGGAGGAGGUUCCUGGCCGCCGUGGCUUCCCUGGCUACAUGUACACCGACCUGGCCACCAUCUACGAGCGCGCCGGGCGAGUGGAGGGCAGGAACGGCUCCAUCACCCAGAUCCCCAUCCUCACCAUGCCCAAUGAUGAUAUUACUCACCCUAUCCCUGACUUGACCGGGUACAUCACCGAGGGACAGAUCUACGUGGACAGGCAGCUGCACAACAGGCAGAUUUACCCYCCCAUCAAUGUCCUGCCCUCCCUGUCCCGGCUGAUGAAGUCGGCCAUCGGCGAGGGGAUGACAAGGAAGGACCACGCCGACGUGUCCAACCAACUGUACGCCUGCUACGCCAUCGGCAAGGACGUGCAGGCCAUGAAGGCCGUGGUGGGGGAGGAAGCUCUGACCUCGGACGAUCUCCUGUACCUGGAGUUCCUGCAGAAAUUCGAGAAGAAUUUCAUCGCUCAGGGGCCCUACGAGAACCGCACGGUGUACGAAACCCUGGACAUCGGCUGGCAGCUGCUCAGGAUCUUCCCCAAGGAAAUGCUCAAGAGAAUCCCCCAGAGCACCCUGGCUGAGUUCUACCCUCGGGAUGCAAAGCACURAGCCAGCUCCCCGUGGCCCUGCUCCGUCAGAUGCUGGUUUGGUUUCCUUUUCCAUGUGUUGGUGUUUUCCUUGUCGCCCUUCCAGCUCAAACCAGCAGCAGGUGACACUUUGUGUUCCCACACUGAGAGCAGUUUGGAAAAUAUCCCUUCUCCCAGAGCAAGGCUGGAUUUUCAGGAGGAUGAUGAGGGCAGCUCUUAGAAAAUGUGCAAUAUCCACCACCAGGGCUGGGGCUUGAACUGGGCAUUUCGAGGGAAUGGCUGAGCAGAAAUUGCAAAUCUUCACUUUGAACCCAGGGGUUGGAAAACAGGAAAGGCUUGCAGGAUGUUCCUUCGUGGAAAAUGCAGUUUUUUCACCAGAUUCUGAAAGGUUUGUGUGAGCUGAGAAMAGGGGAGGUGACACUGGGGACUUUUCCACCAGCAAAGGGGGAGAAGUCCCUGUGCUUUCAGGGGGUGCUACCUCAAAGGAGCAGGAUAAAAUUUAAUCCCUUAAUUACAGUUUUUUUAUUGAAGUUGGCAGAGUAAAUUUUCUCCUUCACCUUUCUUUUUUAGUUUGAAUUCUGGAAAUGCCAGACAGAAGCAGCAGCUCCAUCUGAGCUCAGAAGUGUCACCAAAGCUGUUGGUGGUUCAGGGCUCUGUGCUGCUGCUGAAAACCAACCUUAAACCUGGCCUAAGUGUGCUCAGCUUUUAAACCGUGGCCURUCCUACACAAAGCAACAGGAGUUGAAAAAAAAAAAGAAAAAAAAAGCAGCUUUUUGUGUGAGAAAGGAUAUUUUGAACCUGCUCGAGGUGUGCUGGGCUGUGCCGUGGCUGAAGCUGUUGCRGUUUGCACUCCAGGCACAGAUUUGCCUCAGCCCUGAGCUCAGCAUUCCCAAACACUGCAAUCUUGGCUGGGCAAUUCCGUGUUGUUCCUUUUCCAACGGGUUCAGCCCAGGCUCCGGGCCCGCUGCUGCUGGCACAAUUCCCUGCUUUUCCCAGGCUUUUCCUGCAGUCUGAGCUGAGCUUUGGCUCAGCAGAGCCUGUCUCACCUCCCCACAGCCGUCUGGGAAGGUGCUACCACGACUGCAAUGUGCUAAUUCCAGCUCCCCCUGACGUCUCCAUGUGCAGUUCUCUGGUUUGUUCYGUGUUUUUUCUCUGUGGCUGCAGCAGCAACGAUUUUAUUCCAGUGCAUUCCA